GUCGGGUCGGGUCGGGUCCGGUCGCCGGGUCCGGAGCGGGCGGGGGGGACCUGAGCGGCCGCGAUGUGGAGGCGGCUGGAGGAGCGAGUGUCCGGUCUCUGCUCCGUCCUCACCGGACUGUCAGUCGUCUAUUGGGCGCAGAGUGUCAAUGGAAUCGGGAACAUUUCCAUGGUGAAACGGACAGUGGACAGGCUGCUCAGAGGCUACGAUAUCCGCCUCCGGCCUGACUUUGGAGGGUCUCCAGUCACUGUGGGGAUGAGUAUACACAUUGCCAGCAUUGACAUGAUCUCGGAAGUUAACAUGGAUUACACCAUCACCAUGUACUUCCAGCAAGGUUGGCGGGACAAACGUCUCUCGUACACGGCCAUCCCUCUCAACCUGACGCUAGACAACCGCGUGGCAGACCAGCUCUGGCUGCCCGACACCUACUUCCUCAACGACAAGAAGUCCUUCCUGCAUGGGGUGACAGUGAAGAACCGCAUGAUCCGGCUGCACCCCGAUGGCACCGUGUUGUACGGGCUCAGGAUCACCACCACUGCUGCCUGUAUGAUGGAUCUGAGACGCUAUCCCUUGGACCAACAGAACUGCACGCUGGAAAUAGAAAGUUAUGGCUACACCACAGACGACAUUGUGUUCUACUGGAAAGGUGGAGAUACAGCGGUGACUGGAGUGGACAACCUGGAGCUCCCACAGUUCACCAUCGUUGAGCUGAGGCUUGUGUCCAAGGAAGUGGUCUUUGCCACAGGUUCGUACCCUCGGUUGUCACUCAGUUUCCGCAUCAAGAGGAACAUUGGAUACUUCAUCCUGCAGACCUACAUGCCCUCAAUCCUCAUCACCAUCCUGUCCUGGGUCUCAUUUUGGAUUAAUUAUGAUGCUUCUGCUGCACGAGUCGCCUUGGUGCUGCCUGUGUGGAGUUUGCACGCUCUCUCUGUUGCCUUGUGGACUUACCCUGGGUGCUCCUGUUCCCCACACAUCCUAAAGACAUGCAGAUCAGGAGUUACGACGGUUCUGACAAUGACCACAAUCAACACUCACCUCCGCGAAACCCUCCCCAAGAUCCCCUACGUCAAGGCCAUUGACAUUUACCUGAUGGGCUGCUUUGUCUUUGUCUUUCUGGCCUUGCUGGAGUAUGCCUUUGUCAACUAUAUCUUCUUCGGCAAGGCUCCAACACAGCACACCAAACCCCUGGGCAAAACCAGCAAGAACAACGCAGACUGGGGCAACUUCCCAAACACGGGGAUUGAUGUCCAUGGAAACAUUCUCCUCAGCACCUUGGAACUGAAUGAAGAGGUGGUGCCCUCAGAGCCAGCCAGCAGUGUCAGCAAUUCCCGUAAUUCUGUCAUGUCCUUUGAUAGUUCUGGAAUUCAGUUUCGAAGGGUUGGAUCCAGGGAUGGGCUGGAGCCCACCCCCCGCGAGCGGAAGCGAGACGGUGAGCUCACCAAAAGCCGAGUGCAUCGACGGUCAUCCAAGCUGAAGCUGAGGAUCCCCCACCUGAUGGAUGUUAGUGCAAUCGACAAGUGGUCGAGAGUCGUUUUCCCCAUCACCUUUGGCUUCUUCAACAUCAUCUACUGGCUGUACUACGUGCACUGACAGAGAGAUGGGAGCUCCUCUCCACACAGGGCCAGCCAGGUCUCGUGCUCACAAUAACGUGACCAGGACUUUAUACACAUGUAAAAAGGGACAAUGGGUCAACGAACGCCUGAACAUGAUGUAUUGUACAGUUCUCCUUGCAGCCACUACACUUACCCUGACAUUGAAACCAUGACUGCUGGCCUCUGCUCUUCAACUGCUUACUUAUAACUUGCAGCCACUACAGACCACUAGCAGUAGCUUUCAGAGACUUCAGGACAAACUCCAGGUCAGAAUGGCUGAGCUGCAGACAUUGGCACACAAGCAGGGGAAGUGUUAUGGAGUCUUCUUGUGUAGGGCGUGCACAGCCUAAAGUUGUAGAUCAAGCGUAGACAUCCAGGCCAGGACAGGGUGGAUGGCUUUGAUGCCACCAGGGAAUAGCCUGUGAGCCGUCAUUCACGAUUAGGGUGAGUGAGCAAGCGGGGAGCAGUUGUGGGCAGGACUUGGGAACACAGGGUUUGUACAGAUGACCAGAGUGAAAGAUGAUGCCUGUAACCCACUGGGACGUUGGCAGGUCUAGAGAUCCAUUCAUGGAGGUGCUGGAGGCAGAGGCCAUGGGGGAGGGGUUCUAUGUGGUGACAAAUCUGUUAACACUGUUAAAAGGAGUGUAAUGGUUUCAUUGCAGUGGCUGCAUCUCCUGGAUUAGCAGGAAGCACAUCUCAUCUGAGAAAGCACGUGAUCUGAGACAUAAUGCUUGUGGAUUGUGAACAUUACCAACUAUCUUCACUUCCCUGAUCCAUCACAUCCCCAUGGGCCCAAUCCCAUGUACAGGCUCUCAACAACCAGGGUGUGAAGUGGAUAUACCGUUCUCUCCAUGUUGUUCUCCCCAGAGUGGAGAGGCAGCCAUGUGCCAUUCAGCCCAAAGGGCCUGGUGUCAGAGGCCAGGUAACAUCCCACCCAAAGCACAUCCGUGACCAAGAUGAUUGUUUAAUAGACCAGGCCUAGCUAUUUUUAUUUAGUGUCCGAUCUACUGCAUUAGUUGAUUUGAAGCUCCUGUUGACAUGUUGGGAAUUGAACUUGUGAAUUACAGCUUUGGCUUCUUGUCUAGGAACUGAACCACCACAGGACGGAACUAUUGGCAAUGACAGAGGGAGAGGCUCUGGCCAUCCAGCUGGCUCACGGGAAGCAUCAACCUCUCAAGACACAGCUGGACAGGCACAGAACCUCACUAAGCCAGAGGUUAGUCCUGCUCAGACACAUCAGGCUGGCCCCAUCCCCAGACCUGUGAGGGUGGCUCCAUCCUAGCCCAGACUAUGAAAGCAAUGCUCCCAUCCACACAAUAGUCACUCACUGUCAACCAUUGAACAGCACAGCAUCCCCUGGGAUUACCCCACUCCCAUCCUAGCAACAUCUUCCUGAUCCACCCAAAGAUUGCCUCAGCCUUCCCAAGAUUCACCUCUAGAAACAUGCCAAUAAAAGGGAAGAGUCCAGGCCAUAACAUCCCUCCAGAGGUGUUGAAAAUCUCUGAGCCCAACGACAUCAUGCUCAGGUUCUGCAACACAGCGCUAAUGAUGAAUGACAAGCCAACACAGUGGUCACCAUCCAACAUCAUCCCCAAGUCUGGGAACCUGAACAAGACUGACACCUAUCAUGGCUUCAGCCUGACGUGUGUCUUGGCCAAGGUCUUAAACCACUUGAUUCUCAACCGGAUUAGGGCCACUAUCGACCCGAAGCUACGUUAUAAUCAGAACGGCUUCAGAGAGAAGAGGAACUCGGUCACACAGAUCCUUGCCCUCUGAAGAAUCAUUGAGGUGAAGAAUAACCUGCCGGCUGUCCUAACCUUCAUUAACUUCUAGAAGGUGUUUGACUUGAUUCAUCGAUGUAAAAUGAUGAGGAUUUUGAAGCACGGCCUCCCUCCUCGUCUCCUGAGAGCCAUUGAGGAUAUGUGGGAACUUGAGCACCAGGCUCAAGGUUGUCACCCCGGAUGCUAAGAGCAAAGUGCUGGAGAUCCUCACGGGGGUCUUACAGGGAGACUCACUGGCAUCCUUUCUCUUCGUCAUUGUCCUUGAUUAUGGCAUGAGGCAGGCGCUCAAGGAACAUGAGGACCUCAGCUUCACAAUCGCCCCAAGGCGUUCGAGAAGAAUCAACUUGUCAGACCUCGACUUCGCUGAUGACAUCGUCCUGCUGUCAGACCAGAUUAUGGGGGCACGGGAGCUGCUGGGCAGGGUGGAGACAGAGGGUGAGAAAGUGGGCCUCCACCUCAAUGCCAAGAAGACGGAGUACAUGGUGUUCAACAUUGGUGACCAUGAGCCUCCCCAGACCAGUGGAGGUCUAUCUCUCCAGACCAGUGACCAGGGUGCAUCUCUCCAGACCUGUGGAGGACUUCCAAGUAUCUGGGAGUGAGGGUGCAGAGAAUGACAUUAAGGUCCAGAAAGUGCUCGCAUGGAAAGCCCUCAAUAACAUGGGGGAAAUCUGGACGUCUCAGAUGUCUAAGGGUCUCAAACUGAGAUUCUUCCAUGCAACUGUAGAGACCAUAUUAUUGUACAGGCGUGAGGCAUGGAUUCUCACUUGAACACUGUCCAAGUCUCUCGAUGGUACCUGCACACGAAUGCCCAGAAAAGUUCAAAAUAUCAGUUGGAGGAACCACAUGACUAAGGCCCAGCUCUAUGGGGAGAUUCCACCUCUGUAGGAGAGGAUCAGGUGGAGAAGGAUGAGAUUGGCUGGUCACUGCCACCGCCCCCAGAAAUGCCAGCACGCAAGGUUGUGUUGUGGGAACCCACCCUUGGAAGAUGUGACCAGGGACGGCCAAUCAAGCCGAUGCUGAAGACAUUGAUGGAAGACGCAUGUGUAGAGACAAAAGAGGAGCUUGCCAGCUGCAUGGAGGACAGGGAUGUGUGGUGCAUCCAUCACCGUGCCCAUCGGAAACCAGCAACACUAUAUCGCUAAUGUUUUCAACAAGGAUGAAUGAAUGAAGUGCCCUCAGAAUAUGGCAGACAAUUCAUGACAGAACCAGAAUAUCCAAGACUCCAGUUCACACCAGCCCAGCCACUAAUGAUCAAGCCUAAUUAAGAAAUGACCACCUCGGCCAACUCAAGUACUUCCCCAGCCCACCUAAAGAUUAGCCCCCACCCUAACUAUGCUCCCUAGGAUUCCCUACACUUGGAAUGGCCCCACCACAGCCACCGAAUAAUCCAUCACUUCUCCAUGUAGAGGAUGGUUCACGAUUCACACUGCAACUGGAGAUUCAUGCCUGCAUUUAAGGGGAAUAGUUUCAUAAAAGGUUUUUUCCCCUCUAUAUAAUUCAGACAUGUUCUACAUUGGAAGAGCAAGGAAGGAGGAGGUGAGAUGAGGGCAGGGAGAAAGGGCAGGGAGAAAGAUGAAGGAAAACUGAAUGAAGUCCCAUUACUUUUCCCAAUACAAUGCUGACUCCAUUGAAACUGGUUUGAUUGCCAGCAGGCCAGCCUGUAAUAUUGGUGAACCCAUUGCCCAGCUCAGACAAGGGCAGCAGUUUGGAUCCUUCAUGUUUCAAGGAUGAAUUGACUGAAGUCAUUCCAUUACAAAUUGAUUCAUUUCUCCAGGAAUGUCCCCUCGCUCUGCCCGACUGAGGAAUGGUUCUGUUCCUCACCCCUUGCCCCCCUCCGGUGGGUGGCCAGAGUGCAAAUAUACAACGGAAUCAGUCCUUGAUAACCUCAGAUUGAAGUCAGCACAAAGAAUUGGGGACAGUACGUAUUGGAAUCUUGACUGUUGGAGGAACAGCAGAUGAGGCACAAUCUGGAGGAAAAUAGACAGGUGACGUUUCAGGUUGGGACCUUUCUUUGGGGACAUUUAAAUGCCUGGCCUGUAUGUGAAUGGUACCCAAGAGUAGACACCGAUGACAGUAAUUUUGUGAAGGCUUGCCUGUUUCUAUUCUCCUGUACAAGGUACUGCUGAGCAAGCAGGGAGCUUCCUGCUCGCAAGGUUUAGGCCGUGUACCACAGGGAAUUAUUCCAAUUACUUGCAGCAACUUUGCAGGGAUAGUCAAUCCCAUGGGUUUUAUUUUGAGAUCGGAAGCCACAUACACUCAAUGAAGGUGUCGAGGUGUACGAUGCAUGCCUUGAAUGAUAGGAUACAUGCUUAGGGCAUUUGUUGUUGAUGUACAGCAUGGCUUUCCUUCCUAGGUGAAUGGAACUCUUAAUCAGUUACAACAAAUGAAUUACUGCCUCGAAUAAAACAAUGAUGAAAAUCAAAUAAUACUCUGCAAAUACAGGAAUGAUUCAUUAAUUUGCAAAACAAUUUCUUAACAUGAAGACAAGAUUGCAGCAAAAAUUGAGAUAUCAGGAGAAUGACCACCUAAAC